GCAGCCUUGUAGUCUAAUCUUUCUCUCGCUGUCUUGAGUUUUGAUUCUUUCCAUUGGAAGAAAGUGAAAAUGAAAAUUGAUUGCUGUAACUGAAAAUGCGUUUGAACGUCACAAAUGCUUUACUAUCAUCACUUCCACUCGCUAUACCCUCUUCCUACGUUCUCUUCGCCUCUUCCAAAUUCAAAUUCACAUUCCCAGUAGGAAUUUGCAUUCGCGUUCGUGCUCUCAACACCUUCUCCUCUCUCCCAACUACUUGCCACGAUGACAACGAUGAUUUGUUCGCCCCUAUUCCCACUCCCCGCCACGCUGACAAAACCACCAACGCCAUCGAGAGAAUCGCCCUACGUUUGCGCAACUUAGGGUUAGCCUCCGCCGACCACGCCGACAACGAUGACGACGAUUUCCUGCGUCGCGAAUGGCUUCGUCCCGAUGAGGUGCUUUUGCCGUGGGACAAGCGAGAGGGGGAAGAGUGCGAGGAGCACGAGGAACAGCAGAAGGAGAAACUAAAGAAGAAGAGUGUUAAUGCAGUGACGCUGGCGGAGAAAACGCUGGAGGAGGAGGAGCUGCGGCGGUUGCGAACGCUGAGAAUGAGUCUUAAGGAGAAGGUCACUAUCCCCAAAGCUGGCCUGACGCGAGCCGUGCUCGACAAGAUUCACCGGCAGUGGAGCAACUGCGAGUUGGUGAGACUCAAGUUUCACGAGCUUCUUGCUCAGAACAUGAAGUUGGCUCAUCAAAUUGUCGAGUGUAGAACUAGAGGGUUAGUUAUAUGGAGGUCGGGGAGUUAUAUGUGGGUGUACCGAGGUAGAAAUUACCAAGGGCCGAUGCAACCGAUUGAAAAGGAAGGAGAUGAUCGAAUUCCUGUGCCAGCAGCCGGGGACGCGGCGCUGAUGCUGGCAAAGAGUGAGGCAGUUUUUUGGAAGGAGGAGAACAUGACUCCAGAAGAAGUGGAGUUUAACAGGAUGCUUGAUGGGUUUGGUCCUCGUUUUGUUGAAUGGUGGGGCACUGGAAUACUUCCAAUUGAUGCUGAUUUACUUCCCCCCACAGUUCCUGGUUACAAGACGCCUCUUAGGCUUCUUCCUGCUGGAAUGCAUCCACGACUGACUAAUGAUGAACUCACGAAUAUGCGGAAACUUGCUAAAUCUCUUCCUUGUCACUUUGCCUUGGGGAGAAAUAGAAAUCUUCAAGGUCUGGCAUCUGCUAUUCUCAGGCUGUGGGAGAAAAGUUUAGUUGCAAAGAUUGGAGUCAAGCGUGGUAUUGUGAAUACAAACAAUGAACUGAUGGCUCAGGAGCUGAAGAAAUUAACAGGAGGUACUUUACUCCUGCGGAACAAAUAUUACAUUGUAAUAUAUCGUGGGAAGGACUUUGUUCCAACCAGUGUGGCUGCUGUUAUUGCUGAAAGACAGGAAAUGACAAAACAUGUGCAGGAUGUUGAGGAGAAGGUGCGGUGCAAAGUUCAUGACAUAGCUCCUUCAAGGGAAGAUGAAUCAAAAUCCCAAGCAGGAUCAUUGGCUGAGUUCUAUGAGGCUCAGGCAUGCUGGGGAAGGGAUAUAUCUACUGAAGAACGUGAGAGGAUGAGGCAAGAGGUUGCCAAAGCCAAGAAUGCUAAGCUUGCCAAAAAAAUUGAAUGUAAACUAGCUGUUGCCCAAGCCAAAAGGCUUAGAGCAGAAAAGCUAUUAGCGAAAAUAGAAGUAUCUUUGGUUCCAGUUGGUCCUGAUUAUGACAAGGAAACAAUCACAGAUGAAGAACGUGUUAUGUUCCGUUCAGUUGGUUUAAGAAUGAAGGCAUACUUGCCUCUUGGUAUACGUGGUGUUUUCGAUGGUGUCAUUGAGAACAUGCAUCUGCACUGGAGGCAUCGAGAACUUGUUAAAUUAAUAACAAAACAAAAGACCCUUGCUUUUGUUGAAGACACGGCUAGGUUACUGGAAUAUGAGAGUGGUGGAAUACUAGUAGCAAUAGAUGAAAUUCCUAAAGGAUUUUCUCUUAUUUACUAUCGUGGAAAGAAUUAUAGGCGACCUAUGACUCUAAGGCCUAGAAACCUUCUAACAAAGGCAAAGGCAUUGCAGCGGUCAAUAGCCAUGCAACGGCACGAGGCUCUGAGUCAACAUGUAACUGAAUUGGGGGAAAAAAUAGAAAAAAUGAAAAAAGAACUUAGUGAGGAUGGAUUCUCUGACGGAGAUGACAAUUAUGGUGAUUUCAAUGGCGAGGAAUACAGUGAUUACAAUGAUAAGAAUUCUGAAUUUUAGUACUUUGAAAAGGAUGGGUUUCAAAUCUAUGAAGGCAGGUUUACAUUUUGCAAUGAAGUUAGUUCCUCCUGAGUGACUUCUGCCAUUGCCUGCAGCCAGCUAGCAUAGUAUCCUUGGCUUAUGAAGAGGCAGGUUUACUGACAGCAGUUUGAAUGGAUCGUCUGUCUGCAGUUAAGAAUAGAAUAUCUGGAGUCCUAUUCCUUCAAAGUUCUUGAGGCAUGGAUAAGCUAUGUUUUCUUGUACAUUCUGACCCCAUCCUUACGGAUGCUUUUCAUUCUUCUUAGUGCUAGGUAUAACCUCAAAUAUAACUAGAUAAGCUUAUAUAUUUGUAAAUUAUUAAAUGCAUGCUUGUUUAACCUAAUAAAUAAAGUUAAACAUCUUAUCAGGCUUGUCUUUGUAAA